AUGUCUUCAAGCAAGAUCCAGCAAAGUCCUCUGCAAAAAUCUGCCUAUACCAUCGGCUGGAUUUGCGCCAUCCAAACUGAAUUCGUCGCGGCUUGCGAAGUCCUCGACGAAGAGCACAGCCCCCCGCUGUUGGAGGCAACAGGCGAUAGCAAUGCGUACAAUUUCGGCCGCAUCGGUGAUCACAAUGUCGUGAUCGCAACCCUGCCUAAGGGAAGAUAUGGGACAACGUCUGCUGCGGUUGUGGCAAGAGACAUGCUGCGCACCUUCCCGUUGAUCAAGCUUGGUCUUAUGGUUGGCAUAGGUGGCGGUGCUCCAUCCACAAACAGCGACAUCAGACUGGGCGACGUUGUGGUGAGUGUUCCUGGCAGCAGAGCUGGCGGCGUUGUGCAUUACGACUUCGGGAAGACGGUCCAAAGCAAAGAAUUCCAGCGAACAGGGUCGCUCGCCGCCCCACCACCGAUUUUGCUUACCGCGCUCAGCCAGCUUGGGGCUCAACAGGAGCGACGCGGCCAUAGAAUCGCAGAGACUGCUGCUGAAGUUGUAAAGAAAAACCCAAGGCUCAAAUCCAAGUACCAGAGACCCGACCCUACGGAAGAUCGGCUGUACCGUGCGACCUUCGUUCACGCCGACGACACCAAAAAGUGCCUAGAUUGCUGUCAAGGCGAAGAGAGGGAACUCAUCUACCGCCCACGUAGAUCUUCCGAUGCAGACGACCCCGUUAUACAUUACGGACUGAUUGCUUCGGCUGAUCGGCUGAUGAAGGAUGCUCUGCUCCGGGACACAUUAUCUGCAAAAGAGGGGAUUCUCUGCUUUGAGAUGGAAGCAGCGGGCCUUAUGGACCAUUUCCCAUGCCUUGUCAUCCGCGGCAUUUGCGACUACUCAGACACGCACAAGAACGAUACGUGGCAGGGCUUUGCAGCUGUAGCGGCUGCUUCGUACGCGAAAGAGCUGCUACAAGUCAUUCCUGGAACUGAGGUAGAGGGUUUGCGGUCCUCCGAGGGAAGCGAAGACGAACGCUCGGGCGGAGGGCAAGUCAACAAUUUUUCGGGGCCGAUCAAUACUUCCGGCGGCUACACGAUCAUGGGAAAUCAAAUGAACUCCGGUGGCGGCUCAAUGCAAUUUGGGUAG